UGGGGUGGUGACACAGGGCGUCCGUGCAGGAUGCGGCCCCUUUCCGACGGGCCCCGAGCGGAUGCCGCGACAUGAGGAUCCAAGAACAGGCAUCGAUUAGCCUGCAAGGAUGCCCAGACCUGGGUGCUGGGUGCUCAGCCCCGGGGCAUGCUUAGGACUGGGUGCUCAUCCUGCAGGGAUGCCCAGACCUGGGUGCUGGGUGCUCAGCCCCACGGCGUGCUCAGGGCUGGGCGCUCACCGUGCAGGGAUGCUCUGGGCUGGGUGCUGGGUGCUCACCCUGCCAGGAGGCUCAGAGAUAGGUGUUCAUCCUGCAGGGAUGCUCAGGGCUGGGUGCUCAGUCCCGGGGCAUGCUCAGGGGUGGGUGCUCUUGCUGCAGGGAUGCCCAGACCUGGGUGCUGGGUGCUCAGGGCUGGGUGCUCACCCUGCAGGGAUGCCCAGCCUUGGGUGCUGGGUGCUCAGGGCUGGGUGCUCAGCCCCAGGGCGUGCUCAGGGCUGGGUGCUUACCCUGCCAGGAGGCUCAGAGCUAGGUGUUCAUCCUGCAGGGAUGGUCAGGGCUGGGUGCUGGGUGUUUACCCUGUAGGGAUGCUCAGGACUGGGUGCUCACCCUGCAGGGAUGCCCAGACCUGGGUGCUCAGCCCCAGGGCGUGCCCAGCCUUGGGUGUUCACUCUUUAGGGAUGCCCAGCCUUGGGUGCUGCAUGCUUGGCCCCACUGGGUGCAUCCCAAACCCGCCCCCCCCCCCCAUGCACAGGGGGGGCCGCAGGACCCUUCCCACCCCCGCGGGCUGCACUGGCAGCACCCCCGGGUGCCUUGCAGCACCCCCUCACCCGGGCACGGCUUAACCCUUUGCAGCGAAGGGCUGCGAAGGGUUAAAGCACCCUCCUGCCUCUGAGUGACAGCGGCGGCGGCCAGUCCCGGCUGCUGGAGCCCGGGUCCCCCGCGGGGGGGGCGCCGGGCCCGGCCGCUCCGGCCCUUUGUGUCGGGCAGCCCCUGCGAGCCGGGCGCUGCGGGGUGUGCAGCGCCGAGCACCGCGCCAGUGCCGUCCUCGCUCGGCGCUUUGCAGAGCCCCCCGCGGCGUCUCGUUUCCCGGGAAGGCCGGCGAGCCCGAGCCGCUCGCCCAAAGCAUGGAGAUGCAAGAAGGAGCCAUGGAGCCGGAGCCCAAGCCCUGCCGGCAGCCUGCAAAGGAGCCGCCAGCGUCCUCCGGACUGCGCUGGCCGCGCUCGCGGCUGCAGCAAGAGGGGGUCUCGCGACGCCCCGCGGCCCAGCACCCAAAGGGGCCGCAGGCUUUGAGGACCUCGCCGGGGGUCGUGGGGGCCCCGGGCCCCGCCGGGAGCAACCCUCACCUCCCCGAGCUGUCGCCGGACGACGACGCGGAGGCCUACCUGGCCUCCUUCGAGCGGGUGGCCGAGACGUGCCGCUGGCCCCGCGGGGAGUGGGUGACGCGGCUGGUGCCGGCGCUGAGCGGCAAAGCGCAGCAAGCCGUGAGCAGCCUGGCAGCAGGCGACGCGGGGGACUACGGCAAGGUGAAGGCGGCCAUCCUGCGUGGCUGCAGCGUGGGCACGGAGAUGCGGCGCCUGCGCUUCCGGCAGUUUCGGUAUCAGGAGGCGGCGGGACCGCGCGACGUGUACCGGCGCCUGCGGGAGCUGUCGCACCGCUGGCUGCAGCCCGAGGUGCGCACCAAAGAGCAGAUCAUGGAGCUCCUCGUCCUCGAGCAGUUCCUCAGCAUCCUCCCCGAGGAGAUCCAGAGCUGGGUCUGGGUGCGGCACCCCGAGUCGUGCGCCCAAGCCGUGGCCCUGGCCGAGAGUUUCCAGCUGGGGCAGCGAGAGGCCGGGAUCUGGGAGCAGCAGGUCACAGUGCGCGUGAAGGUGGAGGAGGUGGCCCCGGAAGACAUGGAGAGCCCCGAAAACCUGUGGGAGUCUCAGAGCCCCCCGUCAGAGCCACCUCAGCUCAUCUCUGACGACGAUUCCCAGGGGGAAGUGGCAUGGAGCAAGUUCAAGUUUCCCCAUGCCCCUGAGGAUGAGGUGCAGAACCUGCAAGGAACAGGUCCUGGGAUGGGGAGCAGAGGGGAAGACCAGACCAUUUUGCAAAGACAAGAGACCCUGCAUCUACCCAGGGCCCUCCAGGGUGGCUCUGAGGGGAUUGUGGUCCGGAGCCCCAUGCAAAGAGAGAUCUACAGGAGGCAGAAAGGGAUCCCACGGGAUUCCGCGGUCUUCCCGCAACCCCCUGGCCAAGGGCUGCUGGGGACUGUGAGGGACGUCAAAGGCCAGGAGAGCGGUGCCCACCGGCCGGAGAAACCCCACCGCUGCCGCGACUGCGGGGAGCGUUUCUGGGUGAAGCACGAGCUGGCGGCGCACGGGAAGGUGCACGAGAAGGAGCGUCCCUACCCUUGCGCCGAGUGCGGGAAGAGCUUCAACCGGCUGACCCACCUCAAGACCCACCAGCGGACCCACACGGGGGUGAAGCCCUACUCGUGCGGCGAGUGCGGCAAGAGCUUCGGGCACCUCUCGACGCUGACCACCCACCAGCGUCUGCACACGGGCGAGCGGCCCUACUCCUGCGGCGCCUGCGCCAAGACCUUCACCAACCCCUCGGACCUCAACAAGCACCAGCGGUCGCACACGGGCGAGCGGCCCUACCCCUGCGCCGAGUGCGGCAAGCGCUUCAGCCAGCAGUCCAACCUCACCAUGCACCAGCGGAGCCACACCGAGGAGCGGCCCUACCCCUGCGGCGAGUGCGGCAAGAGCUUCAAGUACCUGGCGGACCUCACGGUGCACGAGCGGUCGCACACGGGCGAGCGGCCCUUCCCCUGCCCGCAGUGCGGCAAGAGCUUCAGCAACAAGUCCUCCCUCGCCCGGCACACGCGGAUCCACGCCAGGGCUGCGGCCAGGAACAAGUGACCGGCGGCCAGCUCUGGGUGCCUGCACCUACCGGCGAUGGAGAGGAAGAGGAGGGCAAAGCUGCUUCAUCCCCGCUCUCUCCGCUCGUGCCGCUUCCUCGGGCCUCGCAGGCUCUCCAACGGAGAAGCAGAGGAUGACGAUGGGCUCUUCACCCCAACGCGAGGAUUCGGUGGUCCUGCGCCCGCUCGGCCAGCAGCGGAGCGACCCAUCCCUCCGUCCGUCUGCUCCCGGUUUUCUCGCCGGCCAUGCGUGAGCAGGCCCUGCCGUAUUUUUUUUUUCCGGAUGUUCUCUCCAGGGGAUUUCUCUGAGCCAGGGCAUUACUGGAGCUGGGAGCCCAAAGGAGGUCUUGUGCGGGUUGGGGUGAAGAUGAGUUGAUGAGCGACAUCUCCCGGCUCACCACCACCGAGGUCCUGCAAGCCCAGCAGGUCCAAUGCCUCCGAGGACGUUCUCGGCCGUUUUCUCGGCCGUUCUCUCUGGGCACACGGUUCUCUUCUACGCUCCAGCUGAAAGAUUUUUCCCACCACCCCCAGCUUCUGCACCAUCGCCGUGCCCAAAGCCUGUUGCCCGGACGCCCCAUCAUCCCCCUGCUUGGGCAGCUCGUCCCACCAAACUAUGCAUUUCCAUUCGCAACUUACUUUUUAUUCCUUUUGGUAUUUAUUCAUCGCUCCCUCAGCUUUCCUCGCCUGCCACCCCCUUUCCUCCAGGCCAGACCCUCUUUGGUUCAAGGAGGCUGCUCCGUCCUCCCUGUCCCGCCGCAGCAAGUGACUCCUGUCCCGUCAUGCCGGUAGCAACCUCCCUGCACGCAGGGCCUUAAAUUUUGAAGACUGACCUACCUCAUCUGCUGCUUCUCUGAACUUCUAGGACUUUAUUUGAAUGCCUGGUCACUUGAAUAGCGCUUUUUAGCAGUUACUGCUUUGUAUUCUUACUUGUGUGCUCCCUGUUUGUGCGGAAAUGUCCUCCCCGCUGCCCUCCCCGGGUCUCUGUUGCCGUCUGCCCUGCGUUGGGUUUGCUCCCUGCUUUCUGCCGUCCCGCUGCCCCCAUCGCUGUAACGACGUUUUUAGCAAUCUC